AGGUCAGGUGACAUUUAAAGCUCCGGCUCGUGUCGAUCUGCUUCCACUCAAGAUUUUACUCAUCUUGAUUUUAAUGUGGCUCAAAUCUGCAGUAAUCAGAUUACUUUGGUUCACCCCCCAGCUCUGAGGAGGAAACCCGCGUGCUUCACUUGAAGACUCCACACGCAACAGGAAGCCCAGGGGAGUCGAACCGCAGCAUGUCGGACCAGUCCCAGUUUGACCCAGACGUGUGGACCCUGACCCGGUUCAUCAUCGAGACGGGCCGGCAGGCCAAGGGGGCCACGGGGGAGCUGACCCAGCUGAUCAACGCCAUGCUGACGGCCAUCAAAGCCAUCUCCUCUGCCGUACGCAAAGCCGGCCUGGCCCACCUGCAGGGCUUGGCGGGGGCAGUGAACGUGACGGGGGACGACGUGAAGAAGCUGGACGUGCUGUCCAACGACCUGGUCAUCAACAUGCUGCGGGCGUCCUACAGCACCUGCUGCUUGGUGUCCGAGGAGAACAAGGAGAUCAUCAUCACUCCUAAAGACAAGCGGGGGAAGUACGUGGUCUGCUUCGACCCUCUGGACGGCUCAAGUAACAUCGACUGUUUGGCCUCAAUCGGCACCAUAUUUGCCAUCUACAAGCGGGUUUCCGACGGGGAGCCAACGGAGCAGGACGCUCUGCAGCCGGGACGCAGCAUGGUGUGUGCGGGUUACGCCCUGUAUGGCAGCGCCACGCUGGUGGCCCUCAGCACCGGAGCCGGCCUCAACUUCUUCAUGCUGGACCCUGCGAUCGGCGAGUUCAUCCUCAUCGAGAGGAACGUGAGGAUCAAGCAGAAGGGAAAGAUCUACAGCCUGAACGAGGGCUACGCCAAGUUCUUCCAUCCUUCCGUCAACGAGUAUCUCAGACACAAGAAGGACCCAGAGGAUGGCAGCGCCCCCUACGGCGCUCGGUAUGUGGGCUCCAUGGUGUCCGACGUGCACCGCACCAUCGCCUACGGGGGCAUCUUCAUGUAUCCAGCCAACGAGAAGAGUCCCAAAGGAAAGCUGCGACUCCUGUACGAGUGCAACCCCAUCGCCUUCCUGGUCGAGCAGGCGGGGGGCCUCGCCACCACCGGGACCCAGAGGGUCCUGGACGUCCAGCCGGAGACCAUCCACCAGCGUGUGCCCUUCGUGGUCGGCUCACCUGACGACGUAAACGAGUACCUGUCCUUCGUCCAGAGGUUCUCCUAAAACGCCUCCAGUCCAGGAAACGUCGAUGUUUCCUCUAAAAACACUUCAGAUUCUGUAGUUUUGGUUCUGAAAAUGCUGGAUGGUUUCAGCUUGAAUCCCAAACGUUUUAGAGAUUUGUAAAGUUUUUGUUUUGUUAGUUUGUUCACAAUAGGAUGUGUCGACAAUAAAAAACACAAAAAACUAGAAGGAGCUGCUUGUCCAGAAGAAAAUAGAGGGUUGAUGCUUUACUGCUGAAUGAAACUUCAAGGGGAAUAUUUGGCAAAAAGAAAAGAAAGAAAUGAUCAAAGUUGACCAUUAAUAAAGUGAAAACAGCACAAUAACAAAAAA